AUGGCGCGGGAGGAGUGCAAGGCGCUGCUGGACGCGCUCAACAGGACGACCGCGCGCCACCACCAGCUGGCGCUGACCGUCGGCGGCUCGGCGGACUCGCGGGCGCUGCGGCGGGAGCUGCGGAGGACGCGCCGCGAGGCGCAGGAGCUGGCGGCGGCCGCCCGCGCCCGGCUGACCGCCCCGCUGCGCGACCGGGGCCUGGGCGGCGAGGAGCGCGCCGAGCUCGAGCGCCUGUGGGCGGCCUUCUCCGGCUGCCUGGACCUGCUGGAGGCCGACAUGCGGCGCGCGCUGGCGCUGGGCUCGGCCUUCCCGCUGCAGGCGCCGCGGCGGCCGCUGGUGCGCACGGGCGUGGCGGGGGGCCCGGGGGGCCCGGGGGGCUCGGCCCGCAGCCUGCGGCGCCUGGCGGAGCGCGACGGGGACGGCGACGGGGACGCGGACGGGGACGACCUGCGCGAGCUGGAGCGGGAGGUCCUCCAGCUGAGCGACAUGAUCCACGACAUGGAGAUGAAGGUCAACGUGCCCCGCUGGACCGUGCAGGCCCGGCAGACGGCGGGCGCCGAGCUCCUGUCCGCCGCCUCCUCCGCGGGCCCCGCGUCGGUGCAGGAGCGCUCGGGGCCCUGCGACCCCAGCAAGGCCCUGGCCGCCGCCGUCUUCAGCGCCGUGCUGCUGGCGGCCGUGGCCCUGGCCGUCUGCGUGGCCAAGCUGAGCUGACGGACACACGGACGCACGAGCCCUGCCCGGAGACAUCCCUCGGGAUCGACGGCCGCGCCUGGACUCGGGACGGGAGCGGGAUGCGCGCGUGUAAGGGACCGGGCCGCAACCCCCGAGUGUGCGCACGUGCGGGCACGCCUGCGGGGUCCAAGCACACGCCCGUCUGCCCCGGGCGGAACACGGGUUCCUCUUGCUGGCCCGGGAGGAGUUAAUUUUGCGCGGGCCGCCGGGGCAUUACCGCUAUUGCAAUGCAGCGGCUUUAUCCUCUUAUUAAUAGAAAACCGUCCACAGUGACCCCAGAUUUCUCCGAGUUAAUGGGUUGCCACGUGUGCUGCCAGGGGCGCGUUUAGGGAGUGUGAGGUGGGUGGUCUCCACCCCACGGGCGAUCCCCCCCUCUCCAAACUCGCGUGGGCCCGUUUGAAAGGGGGGCCGAGGUGGAAUGAAGUGGGUGGGGGGCGGGUUUCGCUCUGCGUGGGUGGGGAGUUUGUUUCCUGGGGGGAAAAAACUAAGAAGAUGUAAGCAGGUUUUAUUACCUUAAUCCCUUAGGGCCUAAGCCUAGGAGAGUGUGCAAAGAGAAGUGGGUGCAAAGUGCUUUUUCUAAGGCGCACCACUGAGCUUCUUGGCAGAGUGUAUCCGUUAGUUAACAGAAACAGCUAGAAGAGGUUUGGGGCCCUCAAGUCCCCCCUCAAGUGCUGACCCUCCGCACUUAGGAAACCAGAGAACACACCUCAAAACUGCCUCCGGGGCUUGGAUCCACUACACCCCCUUGCCUAUUGGAAAGGGCUCUCUCCAGUCAGCCUGGAGGGCCGCAAGCUCUGGGACUGGACAUAUGCUAUUUAAACAGGCACUUUCUCCUUUGCGGGGGCUUAUUUUUGUUCCAGAACUAGACCAGAGUUGUUUGAUCCUCCUUUGGGGGAGGGCUGCAGAAUCCUCUUUGCCCUUAAUCCUUUCUAUCCCUUGGAAUCUGCCUGCUAGCCAGUAGGAGAGCUAGCUUUGGAGGAAGCUGGGCAGCUCCCUGACCCUCACACUGACCCCUGGGAGGGUAAACCUCACAGGCCGUUUGAGCCAAUUAUCCCUGAGACUGGGUUAGAAGCAGCAGCCUCCGCUUGGCAUUUCAGCAGCUUUUUAAGAACUAUAACCAUUUCGAAAGAAAACCCAUAUAACCAUAUUCUGUUCUAUCAAAGCUGGUUUUUUUAUAGAGGACAUUUGGCCACGGUGUCCUACGUGCCAAUGAGUCAAACAUUGUGGUCUCUACUUACAUAAGUUAGUAAAUGUGCAUCUGUUAUUAAAAAUAGGCCAUCUUGGAAGCAGGAGGCCGUAGCAUAAUCUUCCAGAACCACGGUGUGCAUACAGGCUUCUUUUGCUCAGUAAGUAAAGAAGGUAGAAAGCCCCGGGUCCCAGGCUGGAAUUUACGUGAGCAGUGCCGCCACCUGCCACCUGUGGUGCAGAGAGAAUGUUGGUGGGGAAAUAAGGCUAAGAAAACACAUGCAUUUAACUCUCAAAAGGUAAUUAGGAAUCAAACCCAGAGACUUUGGCUUGGCUGAAAACUAACCAGGAAUUUUUUUUUUCCAUUUUUACCCCGAAAGUGGUCAAAUAUUUACUCCUCCACCGGGAGGAGGGAAUUGACAGUUUCACAAGGGCAGCUUGGAGGACCGAGGGGCAGAGACACAUAGCAGCAGUCCUGCAGCCUUGGCACCCAGUGCUGGGGGCCACCCUUCCAGCCUCAGCACAAGAUUCCAGUACCUCAUAGUGGAAAUAUGGGAUGUGUGUGUGUGUGUGUGUGUGUGUGUGUGAGAGAGAGAGAGAGAGAGAGAGAGAGAUAAUAGUUUUAAAACACAAGGUCUUAAGCCGAUUAACAGUUUUAUGACUUAACUAAUAAAAGGAACACCUUCUGCCUCAUCUGAAUAGAGGCCACUUCAAAUUCUUUUUGCACCUGCCGGCCCAGGGUAACUUCACAGACGACACAAAAUUUUUCUAACUCCCUUCAUACCCUCAUCCCCCUCCUGGACACAAUACAGAAUGUCUGUCACUUUCCCCAAAGUUUUGGUUCUCCCAGACUAAAGCAGGCUGGGCACUUUGUGAGCCAAUGUUGGAAAAUAUCCUUUAAAUGCCAUGCCCUAGAUAUACUCUUCUGUUUCUUUUCUUUUCUUUUCUUUUUUUUUUUUUAGAGAGAGAGAGAUUUUAUUUAUUUAUUCCUGAGAGACACACAGGGACAGAGACAUAGGGAGAGGGAAAAGCAGGCUCCCUGCAGACAACCCAGUGUGGGUCAUGCCCUGGGCCGAAGGCAGAUGCUCAACCGCUGAGCCACCCAGGCAUCCCUAUUCUUGUUUCUAAUGCAGUGACUCUUCUGUUCCUAUCAAGUUGUUUUGGUUUGUGAUGGCGACAAAAAAAUUGUUCAGCAGAACCUACUGAAGAAAAAAAAAUCCAUCAGAUGUUGCAUAAUCCAUAGAGAGCAAUUGGGACAAAUGUCAUUAUCACCCUUUCCACCCAUUUCGCAGAUCCUUGGGUAUUUAAUUAUAUGUGCAAUCAGGUGUGUACCUAAUUCUGAGAGUCCUCUGCUCGCUGAAAUUAAGAAUAAAAUGUUUCACACUCAGGCACAAAAGCUGAAUUACAAUGAAUGUAUUUAUCCUGCAGACCUGUUAACCUAAACAACUCUGUGUUUGAAAGGUUUAAGCAUUAAGAACGUUUGAUAUUAUUUGGAGUUCUAACAUUGCCUACUAGAACUCCCACUAUGUGGUACAAGCAGAGUCACUUUCUCCUUGAGCAAUAGGCCGCUGUCACUAUCUCUCUCUGCUCUCAUUUCUAUGUAUAUAAUUCAAGACAUUGCUUUCUGAUAGAAGCCCGAUUUGAUUUAGGUGCUUGGUAUCAAAGUCAUUAAUUUUCUAAAAACAUCUGGUAUGAUUUAUAUACCAUGAUACAAGUAUAGGAACAAGAUUUAAAAUGUUUAGCAUAGGAUGUAUACGACGAGGUCAAUGUUAGAGUCUGUGGCAAAAAACAAAACCAUCUAGUUUUCCAAGUUAAAGGUAUGUUAAAGGAUAGAUCUUUAUUUCCAAGGUUAAAUGCUAUGAUAAAUAACUGUAAAGAGAAAAUAUCUCUGACUUCUCGUUUGGGAAAACAGUACUGUUUGAUUUUCAGAAGAUAGGCAAUUGGAAUGUCAAGGCACUUAGGGAAACGUUGAACUAUUGCUAGUAGUUAACAAACACUGGUUCGUAGGAGAGAAAAAAAAUGCCUGGUAAAUUCAUUUUUGUAUGUGUGCUCCAAGAACGUAUGCUUUCAAAUGCUGCAAGGGAAAGAUUCUUGGUAAGGAAAAUUAGAACAUAACCCGUAAGAUUUACUUAAGGUUUACAGUAAGCUCCUAAGGAGAUGUGUGAUGUCAAAUGACAAGUAGUCUGGGGUUUACUUAGGUGCGGAUCCUGAUGAUGCUGCAUUUUCCUUUUCAGCCUGCACAUUGAUAUAUUUUUAGCUCCUGGGUUGCUUUUCAGAUGUAGCCCUCCCUUCUGUAAUGAAUGCUUGUUAAGGGGGUGAACCCCUGAAUGUGAGCCCCGUGUGUCAGCCUGAGAAAUAAAAAAGAUAGGACUUGCCUCUGUCUUCCUUUGGGGGGUGCCUCGCCCUCAAGGCCAGCUCAGCUGUGAUGGGCAGAGGCUCUCCCUGUCUCUCCAAGUACCUCAGACAAGUCACUGACCUUCCUGUGCCUGGGUUCCCUCGGUGGUGACACGAGGGGAAGCCCUGACCAAUUGACUCAGAGGUCCCUUCCAGAGUUUAAAACAUUUCACAGAAUGCAGUUAAACCAGAAAGGGUUAUUCCAUUUGUUUGGGGGUGGGGGUGGGAGUUGGGGUUGUUAUUGUUGGUUUGGGUACGUACUGAAAUGAAAUGUUACAGUUUGGUGGUUAUUAUCUAGAAUUAUUCUGUUGGUAAAAUUCUGUAGGAACUUAAAAACUCAGAAUGAACCGAGCUUACUGUGAUUUGGGUCCGUAUCGGAAUUAGAGGAUGGACUUAAAAGCAAGUCUGUGUAAACGCUUCUUAUUUAUAGUAUUUAAACUAGAUUAGGAAUUUUGAUUCAGACUGUUAAGUCUGAGUCUGAGAAAGCCUAGUGUGGAUGAAACAGCAAUGUGGCCACCUAAAUUACGGAUGUGAAACUGUCAUUUCUCCACAGAGGCUGGGAAAAUCCUAGUCCUAUUCUGUAAGUAACCUGGUGCCCUCAGAACUCUGUUGGCUGCCUGACAUCAGGAAACGGGAGCACAGCGUGGGUGGUUCUGUACCCGGCAUCAGAUCUAAGGUGGAAUUAAAGGCUUCAUGUCAACGGUUUGAGUGAUUAACUGAAAUUUUUUAUUAAAUUAAAAAAUCAGAGGUAACGUGCAACAUUUAUAACUUAGUUGGAAAAGACACCCUCAAAUGAUUCAGCUAUCAACUCUUGUGAUUUUUAAAAAAAUACGUAUAUAUUCUUAAUCUUUAUUCCCACCUGAGGUGAGUGAAUGUCCUGAUCAACAUUGUUACCCUUCACCGAUUUCAUUCCAUAAAGAGAUGUUCAGAAAUACUCCGGGAUUUUAAAUCUCCAAGUGCUUCUGUACAGUAUGAUUAUACUCAUCUUGUAAUGCAGGAUGGAAACAGGAAGAACAGUAGGUCUCCACAUGAACGAUCUUUGGCUGUGGCCAACACAGAUCAAAGUCAUAUUCAAAUACUAUUUCUUUGGCUCUUAAGACCUGACCAGAGGAGCAGGAACUGACCACAUGCUGCAGCCCUGUGUCCCCGGGAAAAGGCCAGAUUUCUCAAAAAACAAAAACAAAAACAUUGCUCCUUUUCAUUUACUUAUUUUCAUAUCAUUCCACAGAGGAUUCUGGGUGUUUUCACAUGACAAAGGUAAAAAAGCCAAACCUCAGCUCCCAUUGGCAAGAUGAUUUUGAAGUCUUUUUUUAAGAUGCUGUCGCCAGAAAGCGAAGUUGAGUGCCCCCUGCCUGUAUGGAUGUGUUAGGCAUAUGGAGAGCUACAAGGAUAUAUACAGAAAUGAAGAUGCUUGUGAAGGUGGUGGGAUUACAAAUGGUGGGGUUUUUUUUCCCAAUAAUUUCAUGUUAUAUUGUUUUUACAAUAAAAUCUUGAAUGCUUUUAUCAUCUA